UCAUAAUUUGUCUAAAGGAAUUUCGGAAACAGUGUGGAGGGGCGCGGACAAUAAGUACUUUAACGAUUGAUUAAAGAUCAACGGUCUUAUCCAUCGUCUUUCCUGGAAUAAAACUCACGGAACUGAGCUGAGUACGUAGCUCUGCAUCACGUACUGAGACCAACAACAGCCUUAGAUAAACAUACAUAACCAUUAAUUUAGGGAUAAAGAAGAUCAUAAAGCAUCAUGAGUAAACCACCCCAGAACGUAGAGCUUAAGCCCGGAGGGGUAGCAACCUUGGACACAAGCAAAAUGGCAGACAUGUCAGUAGAGGAUAUGACGAUGCGGGCCAACCAAGUUACAGAUGAGUCACUUGAAAGCACCAGGCGGAUGCUACAGUUGGCAGAAGAGAGCCGAGAGACGGGUGUCAAAACUAUGACCAUGCUGGAUGAACAGGGAGAGCAACUCAGGCGUGUCGACCAAGGAAUGGACCAAAUCAAUCAGGACAUGCGGCAUGCCGAGAAGAACCUCACUGAUCUGUCCAAAUGUUGCGGCUUGUGUGUGUGCCCAUGUGACAGAGUCACGUCCAUCGAACAUGACAACCGGUAUAAGCGCACUUGGGGCACAGGUGGUGAUUCCACCUCAGAGGGAAAAGCGGGAGGUGUGGUGUCCAGCCAGCCCCCCGGCGUCCGCAACGGUCAGGCUGUUUCUGGUGGAUCAGCAACUGCCUCUGGUCCCUACAUCAAGAGGGUCACAAAUGAUGCAAGAGAGGAUGAGAUGGAGGAGAAUUUGGACCAGGUGGGCAGCAUCAUUGGAAAUCUAAAGAAUUUGGCCUUGGACAUGGGUAAUGAGAUCGAAAGCCAGAACAAGACCAUUGACAAAAUCACUGAUAAGGCUGAUAUGAAUAAAGCUCGUAUUGAUGAAGCCAACCAGAGAGCCAACAAACUUCUGUAAAUGAUGGAUUGAUCCAGCAUCGCUCCGAAGUCUCACCGUCAGGAAUCUGACUGGCCUUAAUAGACAUAUUUUCUGCUUUAUUGCAGCAAUGGAAUUUAGUUUUUACAAUGCCAUCUGUGCCUUUAAAAUGCAUUUUGUAAAUAGGUGGAUACAUGCGUGCAUGCACAUACAUAUACAUGCAAAGCCUCCUGUACAAUCAAGUCUUCACCCCUAACAUGUGACACAAAUAUGCUGUAAACACAGUGUGUAGUAUGGUAAUCUGCUCAUUGCUGUCAUGUAGGUUUGUAAUGUAUAGAAAAUAUUUCAGGGGAUAGUGACCGUUUAAUCGUCCUCUCCCUGCACUUGAGUCAGCAUGGCUUAUUGUGCCAUUCAUUUAAAUGUGGGAGGCAAGACUUGUGAAGAAAUCUGUAAUGUCCUUCUAUGCUGCCCUUAUAGCCUUUGAUAAAUGUUUGGGCUAAUCCUGUAAUGCUUUUUAUGUCAGUUUUUCUGUGACUGAUUAUACUCAUAUUAAAUUAUCUUAAGACAUUAAUGGACCUUGUGAACACAGUUAGUCCUGUCCAUUGUUUUGGGAAAUGUAUGGUCAAUUUAGCAUGCAAUUUAGUGAUACGAUGUUUCGAUUUAUAUUUUUAAUUUCUAAUAAAGUAAAAUUAAUUCA